AUGAAGGCUUCCCAGACCGUGGGCCUGGCCCUGGCGGCCAUCCUGCUGCUGUCGAUGAACGGCGCACAGGCCCGCAAGAUGCUGGCUGACCCCCCAGCUGAGGCGCCCACCUACGGCUACAACGCCGGCCUGGCGUCGCAGGAUGGCGGCGUGCGCCGUCGCCUGCAGGAGGACAGCAUGGCCCCCGGCCCCGCACCCUAUGGCUGGGAGGAGGAGGAUGUCGGUGCUGCCCCCGCCCCCAUGCGCAAGCUGCUGGCUGAUGCCCCCGCAGAGGCGCCCACCUACGGCUUUGAUGCCGGCAUGGCCUCGCAGGAUGGUGGCAUGCGCCGUCGCCUGCAGGAGGACAUGGCCCCCGGCCCCGCCCCCUACGGCUGGGAGGAGGAGGUGGGCGCUGCGCCCGCCCCCAUGCGCAAGCUGCUGGCCGUUACCCCCGCGGAGGCGCCCACCUACGGCUACGACGCCGACAUGGCGAUGCAGGAGUAA